AUGAAAAUACCAACAAUUGAUUUAACUACAGAAGAUUCAGAUGCUGAAAAUGAACAAGAAUUUUACUCGAUGGAUUCGUAUCCAAGUGAGACAGAUACACUAGAUAAUAUGAGAGCAGCAACAUAUGAUUCAAAUGAAAAUAUAGAAACAGAUGAAGAAAAAGAGUUGACUCUUAAAAAAUCAGAACCUAUCAAUAAUCUUCAAAGAUUAAUGAGUUUGAAGAAUCUUUUUGAGAGAAAGAAAUCCUCUUCUCCAUUAAAGGAAAUGUUAAACCAUAAUGAUACUGUUGUCACUGCAAGUCAACCAUCGAUGCGUGAUAUGACUGAGAAUGACAAAUCAUCUGUCGAUGAGUUGACGCGCAAGAGGAGGUGGUCAAGUGUGAGUGAUGAGCAUAAAGUUUAUCCAAACCAACAUCACACAGAGGACAAUGGUACAAGAGUAACACCACAUGAAUCUGAUUCAAAAAACAAUCUUCUGUUUUAUUCUGUCGAACAAGAUCAAGAUGAACAUUUAAGUACAACUCAAGUUUUAAAGCCGGAGAACAACAAUACGAAUGACAUAAAAGAGAAUCAUACCCAAACAAUUAAUACUAAUCAAACAGAGGAUGAUAAAGAUAAAGUUAUUAUUAAUUUACUAGAUGAUACUUCUAAUAGCGAAGACGUAGGCGUUUUGAUAAAUAGUAAAAGUAAUAGCGCACUAGCAGUACCUUUAUUACCAAAGAAAGAUGAUAUUGAUUUAAAAAUAUUAAGUGUAUCAAAUCUCCCGAAUGAAUUUGAACCAAAAAAUGACAAAAAACUAGUUACAAAACCACCAGAAGAAUUAAAAAAAAACCUUAAAAUUCUGGUGGAUCAAAUGAAAACAGAAGAGCAAACUCUUCGAAAAUCGUUAGAGUCAUUGCAGAGUAACGGUUUCGUAUUAAAAAAGAAACUCGAGAACAGGGAAAAAGCAAUCCAAGAGUCAGAGAAAAAAUUAAAUUUACUUACAAAAAAUUCAUCUAACGAUAAACCAUUAUCUAAAACUCAACAAAUACUAGCAGAUGAUUUAAAACAGAACUUAAAAUCUUUAAGGAAUCGGAGAGAUAUCACAAAAGCAAAAUUAGAUUCUGUAAAUUCAAAACUUCAAGUAUUUUCAGCAGAAUGGGAUAGAUUUGCAACGGAAGGUAAUAGAAAAAUACAAAAGGCCAAGUUAGAGUAUCAGUAUGCAGUUAAAAAUACUCAAGCAACUUCUUUAAUAGAGAAGAGAAGAGAAGUGUUCGAAAAUCUAGAAGAUUUAGAGAAGACUUAUCAAGCAGGAAAAAUAUCAGAGUUAGGUUAUAAAGCAUCUAAGGAGUCUUACCAUAAUGAGUUACAACAACUUGAUUCUAAAAGCCUGAGAGAUGCGAUGAAAAAAUCAGAAAGUUCUAAAAUAUCCAAAUUGUUUAAUAAAGCCAUUAAUUCAGCCAAAGAUUUACUUUCAAAGAAUUCUUCACGAACUGAUACGCUUAAGCUUCAGAUGAUUAGUCAUUUAGAUUAUAUUUUAAAAUAUAAACACGAAUUUGAAUCUGGUAAUAGAUUAUCAGCUCACUUGAGAUGGUCUUGUAAAGAUGGAGCUGAGCAUUUAUUUCUAAAUGGCCUAAAGAUGCCUAUUGUGACUGAACUUCUGCAAGAUUAUGGUAUUAUUUUUACCAAUCCUGCUAUGAUAGGAAUAGAUAAGAGAGAACAAUUUUUUAAAAGUAUAAAUUUGGCAAGAGCUUUAAUUUCCAAAUCGGAAAGACCAUUGGAAAUCAAGUAUCAAGUUUUCGAUAACUUAUUAAUGAUCGAAAACUUCAGAAAAGGAAUCGACUCAGGAAUACCUCCAAACUAUAUGCUCAAAGGCCACAUUGGUAAAGCUGUUGUUGAACUAAAAGAACAGGGUUUAAAGAUGGAGAAACUGUAUGAAAAUCUUAAGGUAUAUUCCAUACCUACUACACGUAUGGAAAUGGAAGAAAGAUAUCCAGAAUUAAUGAAUAUGAUAGCAUCAUCAUCAGCACAUUCUAAUCAACAACAAAGAUUAAAUGAGCAAUUGUCGGUCAACCAGUAUGAUGCCGUAAAUAUAGAGGCAGAUCAAUUUAAUAAAACAGAUAAUAUGUAUCAUAGCCAGUUUGGUGUUGCUAAUAUCCAUCAUGCUGAAGAGCAAGAAGAUAUUCGUAAUCUUUUACAGAGUUUAAAGCAAACUGAAACUGAAAUAGAUGGUGAAGGUAUGACGCCGGAAGAAAUGACUGUUAAUUUAAUGAAACAUCAAAGAUUGGGGUUGUCUUGGUUAUUAUCCGUAGAAAAAUCAACGAAAAAGGGUGGUCUACUAGCCGAUGAUAUGGGGUUAGGUAAAACUAUACAAGGUAUUUCCCUAAUGCUUGCAAACAAAUCUGAUAACGAUAAUUGCAAAACGAAUCUGAUAGUUGCCCCUGUUUCUGUAUUAUCAGUUUGGAAAGGUGAAUUAGAGACGAAGAUAAAGGAAAUUGCUGGGUUUAAAGUAACGAUAUUUGGUGGUACAAAUGGUAUUAGGUAUACAAGAUGGAAAGAUCUAUCCAAAUUUGACGCUGUUUUGGUGUCAUAUAAUACAUUAGCUAUAGAGUUCAAAAAACAUAUGCCACUUCAGUAUUCUGAGGAAGACUCUAAGAAAUUACCUCCAUUACCACAAUUAAAUGCCCUAAAUUCUUUGAAACGGAAGAGGGAGUAUUGGUCUCCCUUUUUCACUAACGACUCACAAUUUUAUAGAAUCAUUUUAGAUGAAGGUCAAAAUAUCAAAAACAAAAAUACGCAAGCUGCAAAGGCAUGCUGUUCAAUCAAUUCCACAUAUAGGUGGGUAUUUUCGGGUACACCAAUUCAGAAUAACUUGGAUGAAUUGUAUUCUUUAAUUAGAUUUUUAAGGAUUCCUCCAUAUAAUAGGGAAGAAAGGUUUAAAUCAGAUAUUAGCAUUGCAUUUCCAAAGGGAGACCAAAAAUAUCGAUCAAAUGAUAAAGUAAGGCAAAGAGCCAUGGAGAAAAUCAGGGUGUUACUAAAAGCAAUAAUGUUACGCCGUUCUAAAUCAGAUAUGAUUGAUGGGGAACCGAUAUUAGAACUUCCGUCAAAGCACAUCGAUAUAGUUGAUACAAAAUUGGAAGGUGAUGAAUUAGAAUUUUAUACUGCUUUAGAAGCUAAAAAUAAGAAAUUGGCAAUGAAGUUGAUGGAGAGAAAGGUCAAAGGUAAUUACUCUAGUAUCUUAACACUAUUGUUACGUUUAAGACAAGCCUGUUGUCACUCGGAAUUAGUUGUAAUAGGUGAAAAGAAGUCAGAAGACAAACGAGUUGUCAAUGGUAAGGACUUCCAAGGUGAUUGGUUGAGAUUAUUUCAUAAAGUUAAAUCAAUGACAAAUGAGCAACUGAAUAUGGUUGUCAGUUCUUUGGAUAUUGGAUCAUGUUUUUGGUGUAUGGAACAGCUCGAACCAGAAACAACCUCUAUAUUGACAGGUUGUGGACAUUUACUCUGCAAUGCUUGUAUUGAACCGUUUGUGGAGCAUGCAUCGUCUGAACCAAGUGCAAAAAUGGUUAAUGGAACUACAAAUCUUAUUCCUUGUUCUGAUUGUCAAAAGUUGACGAAUGAUUCUGAAAUAGUGACUUAUCGACUAUUUGAUCAAGUGAUUAACAAAGAUUAUACCGAAGAUCAAUUAUAUCGAGAAUAUAAAAAUGAACUAGAUGACCAAAAACUUCGUACGAGAAAUAUUUAUUCACCAGAUUAUAGUAAUCUUCAGAAGUCAUCUAAAGUUAAGCAAUGUAUUGAUGUGAUUAGGGAUGUAUUUAAUAAAUCGAGUACUGAAAAAAUUUUGAUCUUUUCACAAUUUACUACUUUCUUCUCUAUAUUAGAUUUUUUUAUCAGGAAAGAACUUCAUAUUAAUUGUUUGCAAUAUGAUGGUUCAAUGAAUUUAAAGGAUAGAUCGAAUAUCAUAAGUCGCUUUUAUAAAGAGAUCGAUUCUCGAGUAUUGUUAAUAUCGACUAAAGCUGGUAAUUCAGGUUUAACUUUAACAUGUGCUAACCAUGUCAUUAUUGUUGAUCCAUUCUGGAAUCCUUAUGUGGAAGACCAAGCCCAAGACCGUUGUUAUAGAAUCAAUCAAACAAAGGAAGUGUUUGUCCACCGUUUAUUCAUCAAGAACACAGUCGAGGAUAGAAUUACUGAGUUACAGAAUAGGAAAAGAGAAAUGGUAGAAGCUGCCAUGGAUCCUACAAAGAUGAAACAAAUAAAUAGUUUAGGUACAAGAGAACUGGGUUUCUUAUUUGGUUUGAAUAGCCUAAAUUAA